AUGGCCACCCCCAGUGUCCUGUCUUUUGACGCUGAGGGUCGCCCCAUUGACUUUCCAGUCUGGAUUGAGGACCUGCAGCUGUACUUACUGUGCGAUGCGAUCGAUGAGGUUUCUCUCUUUGACUUUGUCUCUGGAGCUGUCCCUGCCCCUCCUGCUGAUGCUGACCCUGCUGUUCGCUCCAAGUGGGCCACACGCGAUGCUGCUGCACGUCUUGCUGUGCGUCGCCACCUCCCUUCCUCCGAGCGUGCCCACUUUAGUCAGUGCAAGACCGCUCAGGCCUUGUACGACGCUGUAGUUGCACGCUACUCCUCCCCUUCCUCCGCUACGCUGAGCCGCCUCAUGCUACCGUUUCUCUUCCCUGACCUCGCUGCCUUUCCCACUGUCGCUGACCUCGUUACCCACCUCCGCGCUAGUGACGCUCGCUACCGCGCUGCCCUUCCUGCUAAGUUCCGCGCCGCAAACCCUCCUCCCAUGUACAUCACUCUCUACUUUCUCGUCACCCGUCUCCCUGAGUCCCUUCGUGUCGUUAGGGACCAGUUUCUCUCUGUCUGUCCCACCACCCUCACUGUCGACCUCCUUGAGGAGUCCCUGCUAGCGGCUGAGAAGAGUAUCGUCGCUGUAGGGGCCUCUCGGGACGCCGCUCUGGCAAGGGCAAGGGGGGCAAGGGAGCGGGUGGAGCUAGAGGGGGCAGUGGCGGAGGAGGUGGGGGUGGCGGAGGGAGUGGGGGUGGCGGUGGAGGUGGUGGCGGGAGUGGAGGUACUGGUGGAGGCGGUGGAGGCGGAGGUGGCGGCGGAGGCGGUAGCGGAGGAGGCGGGGGCGAGGGUACCGGUGGGGGCGGUGGCGGUGGAGACGGGGGUGGCGGUGGAGGCGGGAGUGGCGGUGGCGGCGGGGGUCGGAGUGGCUCGUCCCAGCGGAGCAGCUCUGGGGGUGGCCAGCGCCAGCAGCAGCAGCAGCAGCAGCGCUCUCGCACCGUCCCCGCCCCUCAGCAGCUCCGUGAGUGGCACCCACGCAGCCCGCCGCUGCUUUGGCCGCCUGACCGACGCCUGGCGUCAGCAGUUUCCGGAGGCCGCUGAGAUCCCCCGCUGGGGGGAGCUGUCUAGGGCUGGUGUAGCCAUUUAUGAUCUUGACUUUGAUGCUAUUCUUUCUGCUAUGUAUGGUGUGACUGGUAGUGAUGAGGAUGACUGUUACCGGUGUUUCCCGCCCGACCCGGGCAUUGGUACUGCUGCGUCAGGUGCUGGUGAGGCUGCUGCUCUAGGUGCCAGUGCGUCUGUGCUCUCAGGUAUUGGUGAGUUUGCCCUCUCAGGUACUGUGUCGGCUUCGGCCUCUCACACCUUCACCCUUGACUCUGGAGCGUCUCGCUCCUUCUUUCGGGACCGCACCACUCUCACGCCGCUGAGUCGGCCGGUUGCGGUGUCCCUGGCUGACCCCUCUGGGGGGCCUGUCCUGUCUCGCUUCUCCACGGUCCUUCCGUGUCCGGCGGCCCCCUCUGGCACCCUGUCUGGUCUCUACCUCCCCUCGUUCUCGACGAACCUGGUGAGUGGUGCUGACCUACAGGAUGCGGGUGUCCACCAGUUCACUCCUGCUCGUCAGCGAGUGACCCACUGCACGGAGGCUAGCACGGGACGCCACCUGGCUACGUUUACACGUCGGCCAGGGUCGAGCCUGUACACACUGACCACUGCUUCUCCUCCAGGUGCUGAGUCUGGUAGGGUCCCUUCGUCUGGUCAGGUGUUUGCCGCAGCGUCCAGGUCUGGUCCUGAGUCUGCCCCCUGUUCGUGUCGUCGUCUGUCUCACGAGACCCUCCUCUGGCACCACCGCCUUGGCCACCCCUCUCUGCUUCGGCUCAGAGGCAUGGCCUCCCGUCUUCUUGUGUCUGGUCUCCCCCGGUCUCUACCUCCCCUUCCUCAGGGCCCUGGCCCUACCUGUGUCCCCUGUGUCGAGGGGCGCCAGCGUGCUGCCCCUCACUCCUCCCAGUUUCCUCCGACAAAGGACCCCUUGCAGACGCUUCACAUGGACGUGUGGGGCCCAGCCCGCGUCCGUGGACAGGGUCAGGAGCGCUACUUCCUGCUCGUUGUUGACGACUACUCGCGUUACACCACAGUCUUCCCCUUGCGCAGCAAGGGUGAGGUCACUGAGGUGCUGAUCGACUGGAUCCGCGCAGCUCGUCUUCAGCUCAGGCAGAGCUUUGGCUCCGACUUUCCUGUGUUGCGUCUGCACUCAGACAGAGGCGGAGAUUUCUCCUCUGGCCUUCUGCGUGCCUACUGUCGUGCGCGAGGCAUCCGCCAGUCCUUCACGCUUCCGGACUCCCCGCAACAAAAUGGGAUUGCUGAGCGCCGCAUUGGCAUGGUCAUGGACGUCGCCCGUACGUCCAUGAUGCAUGCGGCUGCCCCCCAUUUUCUGUGGCCGUUUGCGGUCAGGUACGCAGCGCAUCAGAUCAACCUCCACCCCAGGGUCUCCAGGCCGGAGACCUCCCCAGCCCUGCUGUGGACGGGGAAGGUUGGCGAUGCGUCGGCGUUCCGGGUCUGGGGAUCUCGGGCGUUUGUCCGCGACUUGUCUGCGGACAAGCUGUCCCCUCGCGCUGCUCCCUGCGUCUUCCUGGGGUUUCCCCCCGACGCCCCUGGGUGGCAGUUCUACCACCCCACCUCUCGACGUGUUCUGUCCUCCCAGGACGUCACGUUCGACGAGUCGGUACCCUACUACCGCCUCUUCCCCUACCGCACUCCGUCCCUCCCCCCACCCCCGCUCUUCUUGGUACCAGGUCCCCCCGCGGUAGACCCCCUCCCCCCUCAGGGUCCUGCCCCUUCAGGUGUGUCCCAGGUAGACGCGGUCGAGCCUCUCGAGGUCACUGGUGACUCUGGUGCUGCUGCGGGAGCUGAGCCUGGGGGUGCGGAGCCUGGGGGUGCGGAGUCUGGGGGUGCUGAGCCUGGAGGUGCCGAGCCUGGGGGUGCUGAGCCUGGGGGUGCUGCGCCUGGGGGUGCUGAGCCUGGGGGUGCUGAGCCUGGGGGUGCUGAGCCUGGAGGUGCCGAGCCUGGGGGUGCUGAGCCUGGGGGUGCUGCGCCUGGGGGUGCUGAGCCUGGGGGUGCUGAGCUUGGGGGUGCUGAGCCUGGGGGUGCUGUGCCUGGGGGUGCUUCGUCUCGCCGGGAGCCACUCUCCCCACAGGAGCUGCGUGAGUGGUUUGCCAGGCGCUGGAGGCGUGUUGCUGGUGCUGGUGGUUCUUCGGCUGCAGAGGGUACUGCUGCCGCGCGUCCCGGCGGUGCUCGUACUGUGGGUGCUGGAGCUGCUGGGUCUGAGGGUUCUCCUGGAGCUGGUGCUGCUGAGGGUGUUGGCGCUGUGCCUGCUGCUGGCGGUCCGACUGACUGUGCUCCUGGUGCUGCUGCUGGAGGUUCUGGUGCUGCUGGAGGUGCUACUGUAGUGGGUGCUCCUGCUGGGGGUACUGGUGCUGUUCCUGCUGUUUCUGGCGUCGCCGCGCGGCCCCGACCGUACUUCGUUCCGCUCCUGCAGCAGGUUCUUGGUCUUACACCUCCUCCUCCCUUAGAGGGUCCGCAGCCUGUCCGGUCACAGCCACAGCUACAGCCUGCCUCCCCUUUGCCUGCUCCUGCUCCCUACGCUGGUCCGACUGGAGGUCUUACUGAGCGUCGUGAGCCUGCGUCUCGUCCUGCGUCGCCUGUUCGUACUGCGCGCGCUAGUGGUCGCGGUUCGCGUCAGCGUCCUCCUCCUGUCCCUGGCACACACCGGAUGUCACUGCGUCCGUCCACUGCUCCUCUGCGUGCCCCUUUGCCUUCUCCUCCUGCUUCCUCUCUUCCUGCUCUUGCCGACCCGGAGUCGGACUCUCUUCGUGCUGCCAGUCCUACUGUCACGCGUCUCCUUGCUACUGCUGUCACUGACCCUUCCUUCGAGUCGUCUGCUGCGUCUGCCCUUGUCACUGAGCUUGUCGACUUUGCUGCACGCUGUCGUCUAGACUACGCUGCCAGUCUUGUCGCUGAGUCUGAGUCUGCCUGUCCUCCGUCCGUCGGGGGUGAGUGUGCCCUCGGCACGGACGUCCUUGAGGACAGGCAGGAGGAGUUCCAGUGUCUGGCAGCCGCUUCACCUCAUCUCGCGUCUGUACUGCUAGCCCCUGAGGGAGACCCGGAUGCACCAGACAUCCCGAAUCCGCGCUCUUACGCGGAGGCGAUAGAGGGUCCCUACUCCUCUCAGUGGCAGGCAGCUAUGGAUGCAGAGAUGGCUUCCUGGAAGUCCACAGGCACCUACGUCGACGCUGUUCCCCCUCCUGGGGCGAACAUCGUCAGUGGCAUGUGGAUUUUCAGGGUGAAGCGGCCGCCGGGUUCACCGCCUGUCUUCAAGGCGCGUUACGUGGCUCGUGGCUUCAGUCAGCGGCAGGGGGUUGACUACUUUCAGACCUUCUCCCCCACCCCGAAGAUGACUACUCUUCGGGUUCUGCUGCACGUUGCUGCUCACCGUGACUACGAGCUGCACUCUCUCGACUUCAGCACAGCUUUCUUGCAGGGCAGUCUGCACGAGGAGAUCUGGCUGCGUCGCCCACCUGGCAUCACUGGGUCUUUCCCUCCUGGUACCCAGCGGAGUCUCCGGCGUCCAGUCUACGGUCUCCGCCAGGCGCCUCGUGAGUGGCACGACACACUGAGGACUACGCUCGCGGCACUUGGGUUUGCUCCGUCUGCCGAUCCGUCGCUGUUUCUGCGCACCGACACCUCUCUGCCGCCGUUCUACAUCCUCGUGUACGUCGACGACUUGGUCUUUGCCACAGCUGACACUGCUGGACUCGCCUACGUGAAGUCCGAGCUGCAGAAGAGACACACGUGCACUGACCUGGGUGAACUGCGUAGCUACCUUGGCUUGCAGAUCACCCGGGACAGAGCGCGUCGCACCAUUACCCUGACUCAGUCACACAUGGUGCAGCAGGUCCUUCAGCGCUUCGGCUUCACGUACUCCUCGCCUCAGGCCACUCCUCUGCCUACUCGCUGUCAGAAUCAGAAGAAAGAAAGAGGAUUGAACUAG